AUGUGCGAAGUCAUGCCGGAAAAUGGUGGACUAAUCGUCUCUGGAGAGAAUUUCCGUUUCUCUUCAGCGUUUUUCGCUGACCUGUUGGUAGAAUGGAUGAAAUUAACGAGCAGGAUUUCUUUGGACAAGACCUUCUUUCAGAAGCUUUAGGACAAAGUGGCCUCAAUCUCGAGGAUUAUUUGGGAAAUGCACCGGGCAAUGUUCUGUCCCAGUCCAUGCUGGAUGUUGAGGGUUUUGGUUCAAAUAAUUUUGACUUCCUCGAUGAUAUCAAUUUGAAUAGAGAUUUUGUUCAAGAUACACGUUAUAUAGCCUUGACGACAUCGAAUAACAGUGAUGUAACUUCUAACUAUGCGAGUGCCCGAGAUAAGUCUCAAGUUUCUGGAGUCCAGCAAACUUUUUUUCAACAACCACGAACUAUACCAAGUCUGACAUCCCCUGGAAUAUUUUUUCAAAGUCCACGACAAGUUUCGGUUACGAGUCAAAAUCAGCCGUUAGUCCCUAAAACAUCCACCACGCCAGGCGCACAAAGGCUGCAAAGCUCUCCAUCACCGAUUUUACAAAAUUUAUUAAACAGUGGAAAUAUAAACCCCUCUGCAAGCAAUGUCACUGACACCACUGUCCAAAAGGAACUCACCAAGAAAGAUGUUUCGAGGUUAUGGUCAAACCAUGAUGUAAGUCUGAACCAUGUUGCAGAGAACAAGGGUACUGAGAAUGUGGAGAAUGAAGAUGAGGAAGAUGAUGAGGAAGAAGAACUUGGGCAUACAGAUACUUAUGCAGAAUAUGUUCCAAGUAAAUUACGUAUAGGACAUCGACAUCCUGAUCCAGUGGUGGAAACAAGCUCAUUGUCAAGUGUUUCUCCCCCUGAUAUUUGGUAUCGCCUGAAGCUUCCCCAAGAAGUGAUAGACAGCUGCCAGUUAUCUGCACUGCAACUGGAAGCCGUUACUUAUGCUUGUCAGCAGCAUGAGACAUUCUUAGCAGAUGGGAGAAGAGCAGGAUUUUUGAUAGGUGAUGGUGCUGGUGUUGGCAAAGGGAGAACAGUGGCUGGAGUCAUCUAUGAAAAUUAUUUACUUGGAAGGAAGAGAGCCCUUUGGUUGAGUGUUUCUAACGAUUUGAAAUACGAUGCCGUCAGGGAUCUAAAGGACAUUGGCUGUCAUAUUCAUGUACACUCACUUAACAAGUUCAAAUAUGAUGCCAAAUUUUCAUCCAAAGUAAAUGGUGGAGUGAAGAAGGGUGUGAUAUUUGCUACAUACUCAUCACUAAUUGGAGAGAGUCAAAACUCUGGCAAGUACAGCACAAGAUUGAGCCAGCUACUGAGGUGGUGUGGUUCUGACUUUGAUGGUGUUAUAGUGUUAGAUGAGUGCCACAAGGCCAAAAACUUAGUUCCAAGUGGUUCUUCAAAGCCCACCAAGACUGGACUAACCGUCUUAGACCUUCAGAAGAAACUACCCAAGGCUAGGGUAAUUUAUUGUAGUGCAACAGGUGCUUCUGAGCCUAAGAACAUGGCCUAUAUGUCUCGACUUGGAAUAUGGGGACCAGGAACACCUUUUAGAGAGUUUAGUGAUUUCAUUCAAGCUGUUGAAAGAAGAGGAGUUGGGGCAAUGGAAAUUGUAGCCAUGGACAUGAAGCUCCGUGGCAUGUACAUGACACGUCAACUUAGCUUUGCUGGAGUGACAUUUGACAUCAAAGAAUUGCCUCUGAGUAAAGACUUCACUGACAUGUAUGAUGAAUCAGUCAAACUUUGGAGAGAAGCUAGAGAGAAGUUUGAGAAAGCUGCAGAUUUAAUGGAGGCUGAUGGUAGAGUGAGGAAGACCAUAUGGGGUCAGUUUUGGUCUGCUCAUCAAAGAUUUUUCAAAUACUUGUGUAUUGCAUCUAAAGUGAGCAGUGUUGUUAGUAUUGCUAAAGAUGCCAUUGAUAAUGGAAAAUGUAUUAUUGUAGGUCUGCAGUCAACAGGAGAAGCUAGAACACUGGAGCAGCUUGAAGAAGCAGGGGGAGAAUUAACUGACUUUGUUUCCACUGCUAAGGGUGUGUUACAAGCUUUAAUUGAAAAGCAGUUCCCAGUGACAGACAGAAGAAAGAUUGCUGAUCUAUUUGCUGCUAAUAAUGAUUCCAGAGACAAAAUACUUGGCAGAUCAUCUCCUGCUUCAAGACCGGGUACCCCCAAAAAGAGGAGACAGCAAGCUCCCAAGGCUCCAAAACCCAAGAAAGUCAAGACUGCUCUUGCGAGGAUCUAUAACUUGAGCAGUGGUUCUGACAGUGACUCUGAUGACAGUGAGAAGAAUAGCACAGAGAACGAGCUGUCCAAGUUGAACAAACCAAGUGGUAAUGAUGAGGGAGCAGAUUCUGGUAACAGUACAGUGGCAGAAGAUGAGGAUGACUUCAAUCCCUUUGGAAUGUCAGGAUCAGAAGAUGAAGACCCGUGGCUCCAUCGCAAGACCAAGAAAAAUCCCAAAACCAGAUCGCCAUUAGGAAGUCCCAAUGUAACAACUGACCCAAGCUCAAGUGCUCUGGCUGCUGCCGGGCUGAAAAUAGGCAGCCUUCCAUGGAGCAUGCCCACUAAAAAAUCCAAACAACUCAAUGGCCUGGGAACACAGGAUUCAUUGACUUCUCUUGGAUGCCAAAGAAGUCUUCACCACUCAGCAAGUGCUCCAGCCUUUUCAAGUUUAAUGUCGUCAUCAAGCAGCCCAGCAAUGCCUGCUAACUCUGCUGCUGAAGUGUGCAGAACAAUGAAAAAAGAAUUGCUAGAUAAGCUGGAAAUCCUGUCUCGAGUUUUACCUCCAAACACUUUAGAUGAACUAAUAGAUGACCUUGGAGGACCAGACUAUGUUGCCGAGAUGACAGGAAGGAAAGGCCGUAUUGUGAGUAAUAAUGAUGGAACUAUCAGCUAUCAGUCAAGGAGUAAACAAGAUGUUCCUCUGGAACUACUCAAUAUCGCCGAGAAAAAACGGUUCAUGGAUGGCGAGAAGAAUAUUGCCAUCAUAUCAGAAGCUGCAAGCUCGGGUAUAUCCCUGCAGGCGGACAGAAGAGCCAAGAAUCAACGUAGACGUGUUCACAUCACUCUUGAAUUACCUUGGAGUGCAGACAAAGCCAUUCAGCAGUUUGGUCGGUCUCAUCGGUCCAAUCAAGUCAGUGCGCCUGAGUACUUGUUUCUGAUAUCUGAACUGGCGGGAGAGAGACGUUUCGCUUCCAUUGUAGCCAAGCGACUUGAGAGUUUGGGAGCACUUACGCAUGGAGACAGACGAGCCACAGAAUCACAAGAUUUGAGCAGAUACAAUUUUGACAAUAAGUAUGGUAGAGCUGCUUUAGAGGCUGUUUUGAAAGCUGUCACUGGUCAAGGUUCACCAUUGAUUCCACCACCACAAGACUACAAAGGACACUUUUUUCAAGAUGUGCGCUCAGCACUGAUCGGUGUUGGUCUUGUUGUCAAAGAUGACAAGAGUGGCUUGUCCAUUUUAGAUAAAGAUUAUACCAACAUAUCACGGUUUCUGAAUCGAAUUCUUGGAAUUGAAGUGGAACUUCAAAAUCGUUUGUUUGCGUACUUCACGAAAACGCUGUCAGUUGUGGUACAACAAGCCAAGAGGAGUGGAGGCUGGGAUGAGGGAAUUCUGGAUCUCGGAGCUAAUGGUGAAGCAGUGAAUAAUCUCAGUGUUCAAACAUUCGUGGGCAAUUCAACAUUCGGUACAGCUACUACAGAACUUCACACGGUAAGUGUGGAACGUGGAAUGUCAUGGGAUGAGUCAUUACAAUUGAGGAGAAGCCACACACAUCCUGAUGACGGUUAUUACCUCUCCCACCAAACACGAAAUAACAAGACAACUGCUAUCUUGGUUAUUUCUCAAUCGCGAAGUAAGAAGAAGAAUGUUUUUAGUGUGUACAGACCAAGUACCGGCCUUCAAAUAAAACAAGACACACUGGAAGAAAUCAAGAAAAAGUACAAAAAGGUGUCAGACGCCGAGGCACGAUGCAGUUGGAUAGAUCAGUAUGAUUCAGCUGCCAGGCAGUGUAGCCAUGCCUACUGGAAGGGUAACUGUAAGCGGACGGCACUGGGUCUAAGCUGCGAGGUUGGGAGGCGACAGCGUACAUUUCACAUACUCAGCGGAUCAGUUCUCAGCGUAUGGAGCAAGGUGGAAAGUGUUUUAGCGGGUCAGCCUGGAGCUAAUUCCAAAGUGCAAAUUGUACGUUGUAGAAAGAGCGAUGGAUCCAGAAUUGUUGGGUGUCUUAUUCCAAGUAACUGUGUUCCUCCUCUGUCAAGAGCUCUCCUUACCACAGACGCUCAACAGGAACCCAUCUUAAUCAUGUAAAGAUAAAACGUCUAUUUUGGCAUACGAAAUCUAAUUUUCUGGUGUAAAAAGUGUACAGAUAGAUAGUAGAAUACGUUAAAUUAUUUAAGUGGUCCCUUGAACGGCACUUAAGGUUCAAGCAAAAUUGUUUACAGUCAAUUUAGGCGAAUUGCUAUUUAUAGGUUCAAGAAAGAUGCAGUAACAGCUUUGUAAUUUAAAAUUCGAAAUAAUUCAUUUUUGUUUCGUUGCUGUUUAGUUGCACCAAAAUAUUGGUUCGAAACAGUAAUGGCAUAUUUCUACAGCCAUUUUUUUUCCAGUUUAUUUACUGUUUCGUGUGUCUCGGUUUGUGUGACUGGUGCACCGGUAAAGCUCCGAGCUCAGAGCGAGAAAAAUGUCUGCGAUACUCAAAACUAUAAAUGGCGUUAACCAUUUUGUUUCUAUAAAUACAUGUGAUGCCAGAUAAAGAGAAAUUACAAUUGCGUGAAAACAAUGACGGGUCGAAUUUUUGCAAGAUUUUAAAGACCAGCAUUAGGGUGAGUAGAAUAUAUUUCGCCAGAGUUUGUUCUAGGCUCCGUCAAUUCUGCUAGUUAAUAGCUUUAGUCUCGUCCUUAUAGGUUCUGUUUUGCUUGACACCUGCACUUAUCAGUGUUACAUGUACUUAACUUAUUUUUUCAGUGACUGUUUGUGUAUCACUUUUUGCGUGACUGAUCUAGUUCAUUUACAUCGCCAGUGUCUUGUUAAUGUAAAGCUAUUACAAACCCCAGCAGAAAAUGCUUUUUCUUUUGUUCCUUCGACGAAAUUUAAACUGUAACUGACUGCUGUACAUUUUCAUAGAUUAAGAGAUUGCUUUUAUAGCCCAGGGCGUUGUGUUUCGAUGAACUGUGAAGUUCACAUAUCUUUAAGACCCUUUAAUACUGAUGGAAGUAGUAAAAGUCCAGUUUGUAUAUCAGUGUUCGUAAUUAUCACUUGUUUGGAGGAUGUUCGACAAUAACGCAACAUUAUACCGACAUUCAAUUCGUUCAA